AGACUGACAUCACACUGGAGGCGAGCUCACAGAGGCUCCAUUAUCAUCACCACCACCACCGCCGCUCAGUGUGCGCGUUAUUGCUGCUCCAAAAUAGCUGAGGAAAUUAGUAGAGGGGAGAGAGAGAGAAAAAAAAAAAAAAAAAAAAAAACAGGGAGGAAACUGAUGCUUUUUUUGGUUUGGAUAGGAGGGGAUGAGAAAAGAGAGGAGGGGCAGAAAAGAGAGAGAGAAAGUGGGUGGGAGGACGGACGUGAUCCCGCCGACGAGCGCUUUCGUAUCAAUUAAUAAUGAUAAAAAAGAGCUGGUGAAAAGCACGCUGGCAUGGCUGAGUGGAGGCUGGCACUCGGGACGUCAGAUAUGACUGCAGCAGCCUGCUGACAUGAUCAUUGAGGCAGACUCGGAUGGGAUGGCAGCAGACAUCGGGCAUGCAGGUGGCGGACUGAAGACGAUGCUGGAUGCCAUGGAAGUACCAAGUCACGCUCGGGAUCUCCUCCUGCAGCUCAACAGCCAACGCACCAAAGGAUUCCUGUGCGAUGUCAUCAUUGUGGUGCAGAACGCUCUCUUCCGGGCGCACAAAAACAUUCUGGCGGCCAGCAGCCUCUACCUGAAGUCCUUGGUGGUCCACGACAAUCUUAUCAACCUGGACCACGAGAUGGUGAGUCCUGGAGUCUUCCGGGUCAUUCUGGACUACAUCUACACGGGCCGCCUCAGCGAGGGGGACCCCGCCUCUCCCAACGAGCCCAACCUGGGUGCUGUUUUGGCUGCGGCAAGCUACCUGCAGCUGCUUGACUUAGUUGCUCUGUGCAAAAAGAAACUCAAAAGAAAUGGCAAGUACCCUCCUCGCACCACUCCCGCGUUCCUGCCUUACGCAAAGAUGGGCGGCAUGGGCUUAGGAGGCCGCUACAGGGUCUCCACUCCCGUCAUUCAGUCGUGUCCUCCCGGGGGGAUGCUGAACAGCCACACGCCCCGACCCCCGCCGCUGGAGGAGCUGAUCCCCCAUCGGCUCGCCAUCCACGCCGGCGAGCUGUACGCCCCGACCUCGACCCAAGUCCCCCAGCCCUUCCCGUCCAUGCAGUCCGUCCUGCCGGCUCAGCUUGGGCUACGUUCGGCGCUUCCGGAAAGGAACUGCUCCCCGAACUACGGUCUGGACCUCUCCAAAAAGAGCCCCAAUUCCCAGUCUCAGCACAUCCCCUCCCAGUCCCAUGUGGUCAGCACCCACAAUGACGAGGAGCGAGACGGGACACCGAGCGGACGUGCCAGUCCAACGCAGGGAACCAACGGCAGGGCCUUUCCUUCUGAAAAAAUGGAGACGACGGAUCAGACGAGUUCUCUCACUCCGCCGCCGUUCCCCCACAACCAACCGCUCGGCCCCCACCUUCCCCAUCUCCAUCGUUUGGGCUCGCAGGGCACCGAGCGCUACCCGUGCCCGCCGAGCCCGGACACCCUCACCGAAGUCAUGGAGGCAGGAAGAGAAGUGGGCAACAUCUACCGCUGGGUGAAACACGAGCCGCUUCCCUACGCGGCCGAGGACGAGGACGAAGACGAGGACGAGGAGGAAGGCGGUGAAAACGGAGAGCGGCGGCACAACAACCACAAGGAUGAGAGCGAGGGUCCGGACGACAAGAGCGGCUCCGGCACCGAGGAGACGGGCAGCAGCGAGGGCCGCCCGUCCCCUUCCGGACCCUUGGGGAGGUUCCACGUUCCGUACGAGCCAGAGAGUUACGGCGACAACCUGUACGUGUGCAUCCCCUGCGACAAGGGCUUCCCCAGCUCGGAGCAACUCAACGCCCACGUGGAGACUCACACGGAGGAGGAGCUUUACAGCAACACGGGCGGCGAGCUUGGAAACGGCAACAUCGGCAAGAACAUCAGCAGCAGCACCAACGGCUACGGCGGGUUGACCGGCGGAGGCGGUGGUGGCGGCGUCCUAAGCGGCCUCUCCCUGGAGACAAAGUCCAACCAGUCUUUGGCUUCGGGGACCAUCGGGGAAAUGAUCCGCCCGUACCGCUGCUCCUCCUGCGAUAAGUCCUACAAGGAUCCGGCAACUCUACGGCAGCACGAAAAGACCCACUGGCUGACCCGGCCGUACCCGUGCAGCAUCUGCGGCAAGAAGUUCACGCAGCGCGGCACCAUGACUCGCCACAUGCGCAGCCACCUGGGCCUCAAACCCUUCGCCUGCGACUCCUGCGGCAUGCGCUUCACUCGCCAGUACCGCCUCACCGAGCACAUGCGCAUCCAUUCCGGGGAGAAGCCGUACGAGUGCCAAGUGUGCGGCGGCAAGUUCGCCCAGCAACGCAACCUGAUCAGCCACAUGAAGAUGCACACCGGCGGGGGCGGCGGCGGCCUGACCUCCGAGGGCAAGCUGAAGCUGGACUUUGCCGAGGGCAUCUACCCCUUGAGCAAAUACACCGCCGAGCAUCUGGGCCUCAAGCAGGAGAAGGCCAACGAGCUCCUCCUGCAGGCGCAGCAGCAGUUGGUGGCCGACGCCAAGGCCAUGGAGAGCCUCUACCCGCUCUCCAAACUGGCGUCGGAGCACCUGGGGGCUCUGGGCCACGACAAGAUGGACGUCCUGUGCCAGGCCCUGCCCCCUCCCCAGCAGGCCCUCUCCGAGGCCCGCAGCAUUGAGCGCUACUCGCCUAGCUAAGACCGCUUCCCACCACAUGCCACACGCAGUAUUCUGACGCCGUUCACCUCAAGUAAAUAACCCCUCGAAGUGCCUUUCUAUGCAUCUAACCUUUGAAGCCUCCUACCCCAAGGAGCGCUGGGCUAUCAAUUCUGUGACCAAGGGACACUUGCUUGACAGCAGUAUUUAUGUUUGUAUAUGCAAAAAAAAAAAAGCCAUUGAGCCAAAGCAUCAAUUUUUAAAAAAAAUGCUUAUUUAUUUUUUUGUAUAAUGACGACACCCAAAGAAAAGCUUAAACCCUGUGAGAAGCAAAUGGACAAGAUUCAGGGUUUGUGUCCACAUCCGCUGGACUUUAAAAACAAUGGGAGUUUUUCAUUCUUGAAUUUUUUACUAUGUGUUCAUUUGGAACCACUGAUGGCGUCGUGGUACACUCGCAUGUCGUGGGUUGAAUUCCCGCUCGGUGACGGUGUGAAUGUGGUUCGGCUUUGGGAUUAGGGGCGGAGCUACCUGAUGGUAUCAACCAACAUGGCCGCAAAGUCAUUGUUGAUCACGCUAUUUGCAGUCAGCUUGCACAAAAUAAAAUGCAAAACUAAACCACUCACAAUGCGAGCAGGAACAAUUCCAAAGUUAAAAGCAAAUUUAAAAUUUUAUUUUAUUUUUUUAAAGUAAGUCACAUUAAGUCUGACUGUGGAUCGGAUGAUCAACAAUGACUUUUCACUUGUGUAUGAGUGCUCUGGCCACCCCACCGAAAACCUUCUAGCUACGCCCCUGGUUAGCGCUAGCCUGUCCGUCUUUAGCCAUGCCCUGCGAUUGACUGGCGACCAGGACUAAUCGCUCCAUUGAGGUUAAUUAAGUCAGUGAACCCCCCGACCCCCCCCUGCUACCGUUGACAUGCCAAAGUGAGUGUUUAACGCACACGCGCCUUAUCUCCCCGGCCCUUCCCCGCUCUAUUUCACACACACUUAGCAAAGCCGCUAAUCUGUCAGCGAUACGAGCACGAGGCCCCGGUUGUAGUCCGGCCCAGCUGUUGUGCGCCAGUAAUCCCUGUGAAAUCUCGCUUGCUCCCGGACAAUUUGUGCACACCACGUCCCAUUUCAUGGCUGCCAUCCCCUUGGUGCUACUUAUUAGCGUCUGAAGCUUUAAAUACUGCCCCCCCCCACUUUUUUCUGCUCAUAUCAAAGCCCCCAAAACAACAAUGAAAAGCAAUUUUUUUCCCCCUCCAUCGGGAGCGAGCGGCAGCCAGAAAACAAGAGCAGUUGAAGCUUGUUAAAUUCAAAAUGCUUUUAUAAUAAAGAAACUUCCCGAGGACUUUUAAACCCCCCCCCCCCCUCAAACACUUUGACUAGUUCUUAAUUCAGAUGGUCUGACCACUAUAGUGCCAACGUCAACCUCAGAGGGUGAAUGUGAAGACUUUCAAGCCAUAAACACACUGUGAUGGAUCGAAUGACUUUUAACUGAAAAAAACUAACCAAAAAAAAAAAAAAAUGCAAAAAAAACAAUGUGCCUUACAUUUUGGGCUUUUUUUUAUUUUUAUGUAACAGUCAUUUAAGGCAGCGGUGGGGAACUAUCUCAAAAAAAAGAAUCAGACAAGCUCGUGGGUUAAAUAUUUUUGGGGCUUUUUAUAACAAUUUCGCUCAAGUUUUUUUUUAUUAUUAUUUUUUUUUAUAAUCCAUCUGUUGUGUGUUCCCCACCCCUGCUUUAAGGGGCUUCGUUGAUGUACCAAAUGUCCAAUAGCAAACCUGUUGUUUCCUGUCACUUUUACUUAUCCAGCCAAAUUAGAGCACAUGAAAACUAGUGCUUACCUCAGGACCACACACACACACACACAUACACACACUACCACACAAACAUAUGCACGCAUACAAACACGCAGUUGUUCUGUUUUUAAACUUGUGGUUCUUGUCUGUUUAUACAUUUCAGUUUUACAGCAGAGCGAUGACAUUUGAUAUUGCUUUUUUAUUAUCAUUAUGAUUAUUACAACGCGGCGUACACUUUCGAUUGUGUUGUCUUAACAAAAAAAAAAAAGGAGAAAAAAAAAAAAAAAAAAGAGGCGUCUGCGGGUCUGCCCCGGUCGGUGGCUGUCUUCACGGGCUGUCUGUGAACAUCAGAACCGCACUCGGGGCUGAGCGCCGUGCCAUGUUGAUGUUGUUUGGGUUCAGAGUGGAGCUUCCAGGGACUUUUCACAGCCCGUUUGACUCAGUGUUAGAGAGUUUCAGGCAACACACACACACACACUUACACAGCAUACACACACCCACAUAGGAAGCCGGCCUGUGUUUGGUGGACCCUUUUUUUGUUUGUGGGGUUUUAUUUUCUGAUGUGCGUUUGUGUUAUGAGAGUGUGGGAAUUUUCAGCCGCUCAUUCACUAGUUUUAAUGAAAAUCGCCCCCCUUCCUCCCCAUUAAAAUAACACACACUUUCCUCUGUUGCCUCAAAUCUAAGCAGGGAGGGGAAAAGUCAGAUAAAACUUUUUUUUCUCCAAGGAAAAGCUCCAACCCACACACACACUUGUAUACAGUAUACACACACACACACACACACACACUGGCAGAAAAAAAAAAGACUUCAAAAACUUCAAUUAUAGCUGUUUACUUGGACUGCAAUAGGUCCCCAACUUUGCCCCCCCAGGGUCAAAGGUGGCCAAAGUGCUCACCCUCUGCACUCAAGUAGCAGUAGUUUAAAAUGUUUACUUGAUGUAAAAAUUACAAAGUACACAUUUGACUCACUCUGACACUAAAAAAGUAACCAUUUUAUGUUCAUGUAAUCAAUUGUAGCAAAUUCCUGUUUUAAUAACUUGGCACAACAACAACCAAAAAAUUCUCCACAAAAAAAAAAUCCCACUUUUAUUAACUUACUCUGCUUGUACUCAGAAGAAGAAGAAGAAGAAAAAAAUUAGAGGCCCCUUUUUUUUUUUAAAUCUAAGAACUAACAGCUUUGGCUCAGGCGUUUAUACUAUGAAAACAACUUGUUCCCGAGCUCCCAAAUGACUAACGAAAAACACUCAAUUCAACUUUAUUUAUCUAGCACUAUCUAGAUAAUUCUUGAAUCCUCCCAGGCCCACACAUUGACCUCCAUCACUGCAAUGGACACAUUGUGCUUUCCAUAGAUCAUAAAAGUCAGGAAUUAAAACAAUAUACAAAUGUAAUAUAUAUUUUUAAUUCAACUAUAUUCUGGCUCCCGUUCCAUUCGCCUUCGCCCUACAGUUCCCUCUUUUCGCUCACUUCCCUGAAAUUCCUUUUCCUAACUUUUCAAAGUGCUGUCACCAAACGUGAGCGCGCGUGCCCGCGCGAGGUGCUGAUGUCGGGAGUCAGCGGGCCGGAAGCGUUCGCUUGUCUGUUUAUGCCAUCGGAGCUUUUCGAAGCGGGGCUUAAUACACGUCCUGGGAAUCAAGGCGGGUGCGAAGGAGACGAGCCGAGGAGCAGGAAGUGAACUUUUGGCCGAGGCGCAGGAUGUGUCGAGGCAGAUAGAGGGAGAGAGAGAGCGAGAGGGAGCCGGCCGUCCGGGCCGAGCGCGAGUGCGCGCACGGUGGAGCCGCAGCUAUUGUCCGCCUAUGACAAGCCUGCACGGAUUUCUAAAACGCUCCAUUCACAAAACAAGUUGACGGUAUCUUCGCUUUUCCUUCCUCGCUUUGCUCGUUUGGGAACAGUGUUAUGGUGAUACGGCCGCACGCACUGGAAAGCGUUCAAGCGCUUUGUGGCGAGGAUGUUGUGGAUUUAUCGUUAUAGGGAGGGAAGGGGGGUGAUGGGGUUACCAAGCAUUUAGGUAGGCGAUAUACCAAGAAAACUGGAGUAUACUUAUUUAAAAAAAACAAUUUCUCUUCCAAAGGCAAUGGAAUAAACCGCGGAGGCUACACAAAUCAUUUUUCACUUUGCAACUGUAACAAUAUUUAGAUAUAGACUGCCUUUGUCACUUGUUGCUAGGCAGAGUUCAUAGGGCUCAACCAAUUCUGCCCCAUAGACCAAUACAAAAACAAGACUAAUCAGACAUGUCUAAUUUUCUUUAUUUGUUGUGACAACUGCAUUUAUUUGAUACAGAAUAUUGCCGUUAGCCGCCCUCCAGCGUAGUUUAGAUAAAGCUGUUUUGAAAGUGACAAAGAGGCUUUUAUCAAAUUCCAUCCAUUAGGAGAAUCCAAAUAAAAGUCUUUGCGAUGUGGGUUAUUAGAUUUUUAUUUGCUCAUGCUUGAUUACUUACGCCAUUUCUUUCCUUUUUAAAUGUCAUUGCCAGAACCAUAACUUUUCAAACACUGUCAGUAUAGAAAUAAUAUAUAUAUUUUAAAAAGAUAGUCUGGAUAUAUUCCAGCAGCUAGAUAGAUAGACUUUUAAAGCUUCCUACCAACAUUGCAAAAAAAAAACAAUUUUUUUAGCCGCAUCUAACCCGACGUUACUUAAAAAAGAAAUCCCUUUGACUGUCUUUUCAGUUUUAUGGAUUCACGCGCCGGCUGUGCAACGUUGCCUUUUAGUGUGGAUAAUCAUAGGAGCCAAAGCCACCAUUGUCCACUGCCUAUUUCAUUUUUUUUAUUUUUUUAUGAUGUGCCAAAUUACAGAGGAAAAGCAUCCAUUUUCCUCCCUGAAGCUAAGAAUGGACUUCUUCCUGCAUGAGUGUGCAUGAAAUGAGCUUUGCCGCUGAUGUCGGCAGCGUUGGCACUCUUUGUUCACCUGUGCCCCCCCCAUCCAAUUAGCCGCCCCGGCUCCCACAAAAUGAAAUUCUGCAAUCCUACUUUGAGCUUGAGUCCCCAUACAAUGACCAGUACACAAAUUGUACUGUUUUAACUGAUUCCCUCAUGCAUUCAUAAAAACUCGUUUUUCUCUUUUUAUGACACGUCCAUCCCCUAAAAGUCCCACGUUUUGCCUUCCCUCUUGCCCGGACUCUCCCUCCCUAAAUCUUCCUCACCUUCCACCGAACACAAGCCCCCCCCUCCUCUCCCCCCUCCCUCCCACGCCCUGAUCCACUUACUUCCAGCUGUUUCUCAUGUUGAAGAAGACACUUGUCUAAAUGUUUACAGCGAGGGCUACUUUCUUUUUCGCUAAGCCCUGAUCGAUUUCCAAAACGAACUCUGCCGCCGCAUGCGGUGACCUCCGCUGUAUGACGGUUACACCCCUGACCCCCCUCCUCCGCCCCCCGGGCCAAGAAAAGGGCCUCAAGUAGGAGAUUAAAAGCAGAGGAAAUGUGGAAUAGGCUUUCAGAAAGAUGCCAGCAAAGUAAACAUGUAUGAAAUUGCACAAUUGCGCCGGGGCCUCCGGCAGCCAAGUCAUGCGCCUAGAUGAAGAGGAAAAAGAAGUGAAGCCAGAAAGCAAACCAUAAGAAAGGGAAGGGGGGAAGAAUAGCGUCUUGGUGAACUUGAAAGUGUGCUUACCUUCAGGAAAUGAUGCAGGUCAUUGUUAGACGGCUCAGCUGGCAUGUCAGCUCGCCCUCACGAGCUCCGCUGCAGCUUGAUGAGUAGCAAAAGUGCUAAUAUUUGUUGUACUUCUAAUUCGGGCAGGAUCAUUUUGAAAAGUAAUCUAGUUGCAAUUUAUCUCCCCUCAGUAUGAUUUAAUAUGCGAUUAUUUGGAUUC